UUGCUCGAGACUUGGACGAGACUUCCGUGCGCCACUGGUAUUACAAACAUCCACAUUUCCUUAAAUUGUUACGAGAUCGUACACCUCAUAGUAAUGUCAGUCCGCAGAACCAGGGAGGAUUCUGGGAGUCCAGUAGAGGAUGAGACUCCAGUUCCCCCUGUUAAGAAAAUAAAGUCGCUGUUUGAUACAGAUUUCUCAACAUCCAACAAUAAAGAGAAAUCAAACAAUAGUAAUAACUUUAGACAGCAAGAAUCUAUCGAAUCACUUGUAGCAAAGUUACGAGCUAAAAUACCCGAUAUUGAAGAAGCCAUUGAAAAACUUACAAAUGCUAAAAGUGAAAUAAGGAAUAGUAGAGAACAGUUGGCAAAGGACAUAACUAACCGGCAUAAGAUAUUGAAAAUGUGUUUAGAUACCUACUCAUCUGAUCUCUUGAAGUCUAUUGAAGGCACAUAUAAGGAUGGCCAGAAGCUGAUCAGUGAUCAGCUACAACGAUUGAAAAAUAACUUUAAGGUUACGGAGGCACUCUGUGCAUCUGCAGAAACCGUGUUUGCCCAAGAUGAUCUUGAUGUGGAAGAUUUACGCCAUAAACUAAAAGAACAGUUUCUUUCUGCGCAAGCUGAAUUUGUUCGCUCCAUGUCUAUGCAUGUCUCGGUUAUAUUUCAAGAAGGCCCAAUGAAGGAGGCUGAUUUUCCUAAAAGUUUUGGAAUAUUGAGUUCUGUGGGUGGGGGAACCCUUGCUAAAGCUGUCUUGGUGAAAGAGUUUACGUCAACUACCGACAGAGACCCCCAGAGUAGCUGGCCCACUGGCCUUGCAGUGAAAGCCAAUGGUGAUAUUGUGGUGGUCGAUAGGAAAAACAGGCGUGUGAAAACAUUCAACACAAAUGGGAAGAUUCAAAGUUUCAUCGUGGAGCAGUUAGUCGGUGGAACAUUUCAGUUUGGCCUCCCCCAGGACAUAUGUAUCUUACAAAAUGGCCAUAUGCUGAUAACAGAUACACAGGAUACACAAUCUAACGUGAAAGUGUUCAAUUCCGACAACACUUUCGUUCGUCAGUUUGAAGGUCAUUUCUGUGUACCACAUGGCAUUGCUGUCAACACGAGUGGCGAUCUUGUGAUUUGUGAUUGGCGAACCCCAAGCAUCUAUAUCUGUGAGAAUGAUUCCACCCCAAAGAAUGUCAUGAUGCAGACUGGCUUUCCAUUGGGAAAGGCGGCUGCGUACUGCGCUGCGAACAUCAACAAUGACAUCAUUGUCACUUACCCACAAUGUGGCACCAUAAAGAUUUUCAAUGAGGAUGGCUUCUUGCGUAAAGUCAUCACAGAAUGUAAAGGUGUCAAGCUGAGAUUCCCAUGUGGAGUAUGUACAGACAGGCACGGUCACAUUUUAGUUGCUGAUAUGUAUUGGAAUCAAGUGUUGCUGUUCAACAUUGACGGAGAAUUCAUCACGUGCCUGGCCAACAUUGAUGAUGGCCUGAGGCACCCUCAGUCGAUUACUGUGAAUAACGAGGGCCAGAUCAUGGUUGGGGAAGAGACAAGCCAGAUUAAAAUAUUCAAAUACAUGGAUACAGACACUACUGAGUAAACAGUGCAAAAUUUGAUAAAUGUGAUCAAUGAGACAUUGCUUUGGAAUUAUUUAAUUUAAGAUUUGAUUGUUUCAUUUUGGAAUCUACAGAUUUUAUCAGAUCAUUAUUUGAAUAGAAAAAGAAACUGAGAUGAAGUUAUUAUGACUUUAGAAAUUAUGACCCAUAGCUUCAUUUUGAAACUUGUUGAAGCUCAAUUUUAUUUUGGUGAAGUGAUUUAAUGUUUGAAGUCCUUUGUUA